UUUGAUCAAUUUAUCUUAAAACACAGCGACAAUGGGUAUUCAUUCGUUCGAAAACCAAAACGAUAUGAGAUAUUCAAAAUGCAACGCGAUCGAUCCACCUGAUUUUCUGUUUACAUAAAUGCUAGCAAAAUCAGUUAAGUUAUCGUUUGUGAUAAAAUUAGUGAUGUAUAGAGCUCUUUUUAUAUUAGUUGCAAUAUAUUUGGACACUUCCGUGGCCACUGAUACCAGAUAUCAAGGUCAUCAGGUAUGGAGAAUCAUUCCAAACAGCAAUGAAGAAUUGGAUCAUUUGAGAAACAUGGGACAUGCAUUUCAGCUGGAUUUCUGGCAAGAUCCAAUUGCAGUUGGCUCAGCAGUGGAUGUUCGUGUGUCACCAAAUCACAUCGAAGAGCUAAAGAGAUCGCUGGAAACCAGUGGGAUAUCUAAAUAUAAAGUUCAUAUAUCUGAUGUACAGGCACUUAUUGAUGACGAAAAGUUGGGGGGAAAGUUCAAUGAGAGAGCUUCAGCUGGGAGCCUUGCUAACUUCGUUUACUCAGAGUAUCAUCCACCGGAAGAAAUACACGAAUGGAUGGAUUUAGUAAUAGCUGAGCAUGGAGAAAUAGCAACAAAAGAGCAAUAUGGAGUAUCGUAUGAAGGUAGACCAUUGUAUGUACUGAAGUUUCAAAAACGAUCCAGCAUGGUCAAUCCAAAGCCAGUUAUUUUUGUCGAUGCAUUGAUUCAUUGCAGAGAAUGGAUUACAGCUGCGUCUCUCUUGUUCAUAUUUAAAGAGAUGCUCAGGAAUCCAAAAUAUACUCACAUGAUUGAUGAUGCUGAUUGGUAUUUUGUGCCCAUGGUGAACAUAGAUGGAUAUGCAUACACCUGGACUGGGGAUAGAUUGUGGAGGAAAACACGAACGACAGGUGCGAGCAGCCAAUGUGAUGGCGUUGACGCUAAUCGAAAUUGGGAUAGCUAUUGGUCGAUUACUUCGUCUCCGAACCCUUGUCAGUUUGAUUUUCAUGGAACGACGGCCAAUUCAGAGCCCGAGAUACGUCGUCUUGCAAAUUACGUUUUGAGUUUAGGAAAAGGGAGAAUUGAUGCCUACAUAUCUACUCACUCAUUCUCACAGCUUAUUCUUUAUCCAUACAAUUAUGCCGACAUUCUCAGCAAAGAUGACGAACUUCUGAAUACUACAGGUAAAAAGAUUCAUGACGCAAUGAAAUCAGUUCAUGGAAAAUAUUACGAAUGGGGACCAGGAUCAACAACAUUGUACCCAUUUUCCGGUACAACCACAGAUUGGACUUACGAUGUGGCAGAAAUUGUUCAAUCUUACACAUUUGAACUUCGAGAUAAAGGUUUUUAUGCGUUUCUGCUUCCCGCUGACCAGAUCAUUCCUACUGGAGAAGAAUAUCUCGCUGGACUGGAAGCUCUCUUAGAGUACUUGAAGGGAAUCCCCAGCAUUUUCCCCGUUGUUUUAAUAUUUUAUUUGUAUUUAUCAGUGAUACCCACAAUGGGUAGGUUAGGAAUUUUAUUGUUAUUUGUUGGAGUGUUUAUCAGCUUUUCGGCAUCAGCAAAAGUACAAUACACAGGACAUGAACUUUGGAGAGUGACGCCUUCAUCAUCUGAAGCUCUCACUAAGAUAAGACAAAUUGGAGAAUUGUUCAAGCUUGACAUUUGGCAACAUCCUAAAGCUGUCAAUCUUCCAGUCGAUUUUCGAGUCGAACCGAAACAAGCCCAAAACCUGAAAAAGGCACUUGAACUUGACGGCUUCGAAAUUACUGUCCUUGUACCAGACAUCCAGUCACUUAUAGAUGGGGAAAAAGUGAGCACUAAACGCGAAGUCAGGGCUUCAGCGGGGAGUGUGGCGAAUUUUGUUUACUCUGAGUAUCAUCCUGCCGAAGAGGUAUACGAAUGGAUGGAUUUGGUAAUAAAAGAGCACAGCCCAACAGUCACGAAAGAACAAUUUGGCAUUACUUAUGAAGGAAGGCCACUGUAUGUGUUGAAGUUUCAAAAACCAGCUAUUAAUCCAAAACCAGUUAUUUUUGUUGAUGCUUUGAUUCAUUGCAGAGAAUGGAUUACGACUGCAUCUCUCUCGUUCAUAUUCAAAGAGAUGCUGCGAAAUCCCGAAUAUGCGCACAUGCUUGAUGACGCAGACUGGUAUUUUGUGCCGAUGAUCAAUGUUGAUGGAUAUGUCAAAACAUGGACAGAAGACAGACUAUGGAGAAAAACUAGAAGUCAAGGAGCAAGCAGUUUGUGUGAAGGUGUAGAUGGAAAUCGAAAUUGGGAUGCGUUCUGGUCAUUGCCAGGAGCAUCCAAACAUCCUUGUUCUGUGGUAUAUCACGGGCCGACCGCUAUAUCGGAAUCAGAAGUACGUCAUCUUGCAAAUUACGUCACUAACUUAGGCAAAGGGAGUAUCGAUGCUUACAUCACUACCCAUUCAUACUCUCAGUUAAUUCUAUAUCCAUACCAUCAUACUGCGGAACCUUCUAAAGACGAUGAAAUUUUGAAAGCAACAGGAAAACUAAUGCACGAUGCCAUAAAAUCGGUUCAUGGGAAGACUUACGUAUAUGGCCCAGGAUCUACAACAAUUUAUCCAAGCUCCGGAACUACAACUGAUUGGACCUACGAAGUUGCCGGAAUAGUUCAAUCAUAUACAUAUGAACUUCGUGACGAUGGUUCGAAAUAUGGUUUCCUCCUUCCGCCUGAUCAAAUCAUACCAAAUGGAGAGGAAUACAUUGCUGGAUUACAGGCUCUCUCCAACUAUCUGAAAGACAAGAUGAGUGGUACCUUACUGUAAGGCAGAGCAAACAUGUAUAUAUAAAACAUUUGUGAUUUCUUGCUGUUUUAGUUUGUAUAGCUCACGUUCAGAAUAUUUCUUUUUGGAGACAUUCAUUUACUUUUCUCAACUUUUGAAACAAUCGAAACAUUUUACUCAAAAACAUUAGAAGGUAUUGUAGCAAGCUAUUGAUAAUUUUAUGUGAUGAUAGAAGUUUGAAAGUCUUGUAAACAGUUAUUGAAGUUUACAAUGUUUUAAAAAUUGACGUCAUUUUUGAAUAUAAUAUACGACAACAAUUGUAAUGAAUAUAGUUAAGUGUUUUAUUAAAAAUGUAGAAAGUUUAGUCUAACUCUGCAAAGUUCAAAUAGAAGACAUAGUAACUGUGAAUUCCUAUUGGAAUAUUUAUUCAACUCGAAAAAUUUAUGAAUGAUAUCGUUAGCCCAAUAGCAUUAUUGGACAGAGUUGAGUGUAACUUUUUUUCCUCGUUUCAUAGCUAUUACCGAUAAAAAAUAUCCACAAGCUUCAUCGAACAGAAGCUAAACAACAGAAACAUGUUUUGCUUGUUGUCUCGUGUACUACUCA